AUGGUAAGGUGGCUGCCGCCGCCGCCGCCAGCGGACGGCGAGCUACUCUUGGGCCCCGACGCCGUCACGUUGUCCUUCUUCGUGGCGUGCGUGGCCGCCACCGUCGCGCUCACGUCGUCCAUGUGCUCAGCGUGCGGCCGCAAGCCAAAGGCGGCCACCAAUGCGGACCCGGCCGCGUCGGACCAGCCGGCCGGGACGGGCUCCGUCUCCGGCGGCAGCGGCAGCGGCAGCCAGGAGGCUGGCGCCGAGGUGGGGGAGGAGGAGGCGGUGGUGAGGCUGUCGCCGGAGCUGGCGACGCACGGCGCCAUCGACCCGGUGGCGCUGCCGUCGUCGACGUCGAAGCGGCGGCUGUCCAUCAGCGUGAGCAAGAAACUGAGCAUGAACAUCCCGGACAAGCUGCGGCUGAGCCGGCGGGAUCCCAAGGACCACCAUCACAAGGUGGAGUCGGAGGACACGCUGUGGAAGAAGGGCAUCAUCCUCGGGGAGAAGUGCAGGAUCCCCGGGGAGCGGGAGGCGGAGUUCGGCGACCCCGUCGACCCCACCGACGAGAUCGCCGCCGGCAGCUUCCGCAGGUCCAGCUACUCCCGGCCUGUGUCGCGGUCGAGCUCGUUCGUCAUGUACCAGCAGCCACAGCCGCAGCAGCAGCAGCAGCACGACGCUCCCGCCUUGCACGCCUCGGAUUCUUGA